UUAAUUUCGUCGUCAAUCGUUAUGGAGCCUUACUCGUUACGGAGUGAUGCCGGGUGCGCAUGCUGUAAAGGAAAUGGCUGGAAGACUUGGCACCACCAGUUCGUGGAGACUAAAUUCCCGGCUUUAUUUCUAUAUAACUAUGUAAUCGCAAUCCUCCAGGAAUGUUAGUCUUCAAACCAAUUUGUUGGAAUCGUCCGUCUGUUUCGUUUUCGUUCUCAAGAUCUCUCACAAUGGCCCAAGCAGAUCAGCUUAACAACAGCCCUGAAAUCAAAGAGACAUCCCUAAAAGCCCCAAAACUCAGUCAAAAUGGAGUGCAUGGAGUUACUCGAGCUCCAGUCCCACUUUUGAGAGUCAAAAAGCUUUCUGAAAAAGCUUUGUUGCCCUCAAGGGGUUCCCCUCUCGCUGCUGGCUACGAUCUCUCAAGUGCAAUGGAUACCAAAGUGCCAGCUAGAGGAAAAGCUUUGGUUCCUACUGAUCUAAGCAUUUCAGUACCUGAAGGAACCUAUGGUCGCGUUGCGCCAAGGUCUGGCUUGGCUUGGAAGCAAUCCAUUGAUGUGAGUGCUGGAGUAAUCGAUGCUGAUUACAGGGGACCUCUUGGGGUUAUUUUGUUCAACCAUUCGGAUGUUGACUUUGAAGUGAAAGUGGGUGAUAGAAUUGCACUGUUGAUUAUUGAGAAGAUCAUGACACCUGAUGUUUUGGAAGUUGAGGAGUUGGAUUCCACUGCUAGAGGGGCUGGGGGAUUUGGAUCCACUGGUGUUUAAAUCUCUGGGUUUUCUUUUUCCUAUGGAAUGAAUUAGGAUUAGGUGGCGGUUAUUUAGAGGGUUAACAAAGCUGCCUUGUUUUGUAACGAACCUCUAAUUGGUCAAAUUAUAUAUUCUGCUGUGACGAGCUCUCUCUAUAUUGAAGAUCAAAAUUCUUGAUUAACUGACUUUAACAUAAAUUCUUGAUUUCAAACUAUUCCCUGUUUUUUUUUUUUUUUGGUUUUCGAUUAGCCUAUAGACCAUAGCUGAUUUAUGUCGAUAAACUAAGCGUGAAAGGCCUGUGCAGCAUGCUCAAGCCUCAAGGUCCUGAUAAAAACUUGGAACCUCAAGUUGUUCCAUAGCACAAACCUUUCGCGUCAACAAGCUAGGGUCUUAUUCAUUUUCAUUUUUCCCCUCAAUUUUCACAUUGAGUUAUAAAAAUGUGAUAAUGGAUA